AUGUCAUCUUCAGACAGCGAAUCAGAAAACGAAAAAGAAAUUCCAGCGAGACUCGGCGAUUGUGAGGUUUGUGGGGCGCAAAAAGCUAUUUACACCUGUCCUAAAUGUGAAGUUAAAACUUGUUGUUUAUCCUGUGUUCAAAUACACAAGAAAGAGUUGGAAUGUGAUGGCAUCCGUGACAAAACGAAGUUCAUCAGGAUGAAAGAUUUUACUGACACAGAUUUAUUAAGUGAUUACCGGAUGUUAGAAGAAUGUGCACGGUUUGUUUAUGCAGUUAAGAGAAACGAGAAAAAGAAAUUUACUAGAAUUGACAAAGACUUACCAAUUCAUUUGUUCAAAUUAAAAAUGGCUGCAAGAAAAAGAGGAACUGUAUUACAGUUUCUGGCUCAAAACUUUUCAAGACACAUGGUAAACACAACGAGAUAUAAUUAUAAAACUAAUGUCAUAUCAUGGAGAGUAGAAUGGAUAUUCCCUAAUGUGGACACAAAGCCAUUGAAGUUUGUGGAUGAAAAAUGUUUGGAACAUAAUAAAUUGUCAGGGUUGCUAGAUAAAUACCUUAAUCCAAAUGCAACACCUUUUGAAGGAUCGAAAACAUUACUUUUCUAUAGAUCUGUUGGAUUUAGUGGUGUAAAGAUUUUAUUAAAAGCUGAAAAAAUUAGAGGUUCUGCUAAUAAGUUUUUUGAACUGGACCCAACUGAAACUUUGGGAGAAAAUCUAUCUGGAAAAUGUAUUGUGGAAUUCCCAAUAAUAUUUAUUGUUCUCAAAGAUCAUGCUUAUAAUUUUGAAAUUAUAACACCAGAAGAUGAGUUUGAUUAUAAAAAUGAUGACAAAACAGAAAUUGAUGAUAAAAAUAGCACUAUAGAUAGCAACAAAGAUGAUCAUUCCUUAGAAAAUGGUAACUCAAACAAUGAAAACUUUAGUCAAAACUACCAAGAGCAAAGAAAAAGGCCAAGGCAGUUGUUAACCGAAAAAAUAGCCAAACAAAAGAAAAUGGCAAUUGAGAAAGAAUUGAAAGAAGAAAGAAAGAGGCGACCUAAAAACCUUUUAUUUACAACAGGCUACUCUUCAGAAGAAAGUAUAGUUAGUAGUGACACAGAAGGCGAAAAUACUGAAAAUAAAUAA